AUGGAUAGAUUGAAAAGUAUAUAUUACAGGCAGGAUGUACUCUUAAAUUAUUUGAUGGAUACUAUAAUGAUAAAGAACAUAAACGAAGAAAAAGCUUUAAGAUCUGUUGAUAUUAGAUCUUAUUUUGACAUUGAAGAAUAUCAAAACCAAUUGGAAUCAACCAAAUGGUUAAAAAUUUAUGAAAACUUAUUUGCUGUUGAAUCUCUAAUUAAUUUACAGCUAAGUUCUGGACACAAAUUUUUAAACAUCGGAUCUGGAAUUGGUUAUAUCAGUACAUUGGCUGGUCUGUUGAUAGGUAAUCUUGAAACAUUACAAUUAUGUAAUUAUGUAUGUAAAAUAUUCAAAUUGGUUUUCCUUUUUAACAGACUAAUUAAUAUUAAAAUUCAAUCUUAUUGGAUUUUUCUCAUUAAGUAAUAUCAUAGUUUCAUUUUAUCUUUUUAGGUAAAAACGGUGUUAAUCAUGGAAUUGAAGUUAAUGAAAGAUUCGUAGAUUUGGCACGAGAAAAGUUAGCAGAAUUUAAUAUGAAUUCUGCUGCAAUAGAUCAUUUUGACUUUUGUGAACCAAUUUUUAUCCAUGGUAUAUUGAAUACAUGUAAAAUCAAUGUUUUUAAAAAAAUAAUGUUUGUAUAAAUUAUUAAUAUAGGAAAUGCUUGUGAAUUAUUAUCAGCGGGUUAUUAUGAUAGGGUUUAUUGUGAAGCUGCUGUACCAAGUGACAAAUUGGAAUUUAUGAAAUCUCUUGUUAAGGUUUUUAUUUUCUAUUAAUACAUUAAAAAAAAAAAAAAAAACAUUUAGUAUUAUUUUGCUAAUUAGUAUAUUUUCUAGAUUAAUGGAAUAUUAGUUAUCCCAUACAAAGGGUUUCUGUGGAAAAUGAUUAGACAGAAUGAGAAUGAGUACAAUGUUAAAAGAAUAAAUGAUAUAUUAACAUAUGCAUUUUCAGAUCUCAUAGUACGUGGACCUUGUUGUUUAACAACUGUGACUUUUCGUAAGUUCAAAAUUAAAAUGUUUUAAAUUUUGAUUUUAUUUAAAAUUUUUACUAUUUUGCAGCUCCUGUUAAACUGUUAACUUUGCAAGAGUUGUGUAGAAAUCAAAUUCGUUCAUCAAUACGCCAAAACUUGCAAAAAGAAAGACCUGAAUUGGAAAUACGCACUAAGUGCCUCGAUUUAAAUAGCGAACAACCACUAGUUUGUGAAGAAGAUAAAGCUGAAGAAAAGUUUACUUUUGAUGUAAAUUUCAUUGAUGAUUAUAUAUCAUUCUUAGAAAUAAUGAAUAGAACUGAUAUUCACUCUAUUGCUGGUACAUCGCGCAUUAAAACACACACUUUUGGUGAUUUAGUGGAAAAAAAUGGUAUGAUUAAAUUAUUGGUGUUAAAUAAUAAUUAUAGUACUAGCUGGGUAUCUUUUAUACUUUGGUUGUUUGGCAAUUUAGAUAAAAGUGGAAAUGACAGCAUAGCUAAGAGAGAAAAUGAUAGCGGAGCUCCCCAUGAUACAACAAUUUAUCAUUUCAUAAAAGACUACAGAGUCAACCAGUUAAGUAGAUGUUUAAAAGAAAAAAUUUACUCGUUAUCAAUACCGACUCAGCUGAAAGAUUUCCUUACUCUAUUAAUAUUUAUUCUAUUACCUAAUGUAUAA